GACAGAGCAGGCAACAUGUCGCCAAGUCACGAUCCACUAAUACUGGUUCGCCAAGACGAUUCCUUCCUUCCUUUCACUCCUCGCUGAGAAGCAUUGAGUAUAUAUUGAAGCCGUUUGCGCAUUUGAAUGAUCAGAUCCCAACUUCAACGAGAUCUCCAAGCUGAUCUCGGCCUUGACUUCAUCACCAUGCGUCUCGCUUUUUUUCCACUCUGCGCCUCUGUGGCAGUAUGUUUCUCCAUGCCGGACCUCAAAGGCCCUCUCAAGGUCGGCGUGACCUCCUUCGAGCUCACUGAUUUCAGUCGCUCUGACCCACUUGCCCCGGAUGUUCGACCUCGCAAGCUUCCCAUCUCGGUCUGGUACCCCGUCUCCAACGACGCACCCGAGAACUACGAGCUGUCGCCCAUGUUCACACCCGCAUUCCAAGCAUAUAUCGACCCCAUCUACCUCGUCCCCGACGGCACCUCCGGCACUAUCAUCUCCGGCGCAUACCGCGACGCCCCGCUAUCUUCCGCAAACUCCAACGGCCGCGUGCUCUUCUUCUCCCCUGGCUACGCGCUGCACACCGUCGAAUUCAGCACCUCGCUGUCCAACCUCGCCUCACACGGCUACAUCGUCGUUGGCACCGCGCACCCCUUCGACGCCAACUUCAUCGACUACGAGGACGGGACGUCGGUCACCAACGAGGGCGAGAACGCCACCCCUGCCGACUGGGGCGACUCCGAGUACGUGGCGCUGCGGGCCGCUGACAUGGCGUUCAUAGCGGCCCAGCUGACGACGAACGCCACGGCCGCGAGCCUCAUCCCCGGCGUGGAGGGGCCGCUCCCCAGGGACCAGGUUGGCAUCUUCGGGCAUAGCUACGGCGGGUCGGCGGCGGCGCAGAGCAUCGUCGAGGACCAGGGGCUGUUCAGGUGCGGGCUGAACCAGGAUGGUGGGAUCUACGCGCCGGCGAACGAGACCGGGGUGGGCGUGCCGUUCCUGAACGUGGCGAGGAAUCUUACGGUCGAUUACACGUGGGAGCCGUUUGGGGAGCUCUCUACGGGGUGGUAUGAGACGGUUGGGAUAUUUGGCACGCUGCAUAUGGCGUUUUUGGACUUUUUGUACAUCCAGCAGGUGUGGUAUGAGCAGGGCUUGGUGAGUGAUGAUUACAUCACUUGGGCUGGAACUGUUGAAGGGUCGAGGAUGCUGGAUAUUUUGGACGUUGUUAUGACAGACUUCUUUGAUGGGUGCUUUGGUGGAGAGGGAUAUGGUGUGUUGGAGGGACCUCAUGAUGUUUGGCCUGAGAUCAGGUUUGAUGGGGUUGUGGAGGGCUGA